AUGCCUCAAUUUUAUGCUAACAACGGUAGCAAUAGUGGCAGCCUUGAAAAUGGAAAUAGUAACGGUACUAGCGACUUGAAAAUUGAAAAUGUUAUGAAAUCAUCUUAUCUAAACCGAGGAACUACCAUGUCCCAAUCCCUACGUAAUUCCCUUAAACUUACCGGUCUUAUGCCAGUAGCCGUGGAAAAUCUCGAUCUGCAAAAAAAACGUGCCUUACAACAAUUACGUUCGAAAUCUACCGAUUUAGAAAAAUAUUUAUUCUUGGCUUGGUUGAGAAAUACCAACGUUAGAUUAUUUUAUCAAAUUGUUAUUGAAGAGUUGGAAGAAACAACCCCAUUGAUUUAUACUCCAACAGUUGGUACAGCGUGUUUAGAAUAUUCUCACAUUUAUCCUUUUCUCGCUCCACCCGGUGUACCGGAUGGUCUUUAUUUAUCGAUCAAUGAUAAUUUAUCAAAUCUCAAACAAAUCAUUAAAAAUUAUCAACCUUAUCCAUUUGACGAAUCAUUCACACCUCAAAUUGCGGUAAUCACUGAUGGUUCAAGAAUUUUGGGAUUGGGUGAUUUAGGUGUAAAUGGGAUGGGAAUUCCUGUAGGUAAAUUACAAUUAUAUGUGGCAGGUGCCGGUAUCGAUCCCAGAAGGACUUUACCCAUUACUUUAGAUUUGGGAACUGAUAAUGAAAAAAAUUUAAAUGAUGAGUUUUAUCUUGGAUUACAUGCUGUGAUAAAAUCAUUGAUUGAAGUUUAUCCUCAUCUAUUAAUUCAAUUCGAAGAUUUUUCAUCAGAACAUGCUUUUGAACUAUUAGCCAAAUAUAGAAACAAGAUAUUUUGUUUUAAUGAUGAUAUUCAAGGAACCGGAGCUGUUGUUUUGUCUGGAUUCAUUAAUGCUGUGAAUUUGGUAAAAAAAGAAAUUCCACCAACUCAACAUCGAUUAUUAUUCUUUGGCGCCGGUUCGGCGGGAGUUGGUGUCGCUAAACAAUUAUUGGAAUUCUUUACAAUUGAACAUGGAAUGUCGGAAAAAGAUGCUAAAAAAUUGGUUUGGUUCGUUGAUACUAAGGGUCUCAUAACAUUAGAUCGAGGAGACAAAUUAGCCAAACACAAAGUAUACUUUGCCAGAUCUGAUAAUGAUGGUAAACAAUAUAAAACAUUAUUAGAAGUAAUCGACUACGUGAAACCUACCGCUUUAAUAGGAUUAUCUACCACCGGUGGAGUAUUUAAUGAUGAUGUAUUAAGAAGAAUGAGUGAAUUAAAUAAACGUCCUAUCAUUUUUCCAUUAUCCAAUCCAAUGGUUAAUGCGGAAUGUACUUAUGAAAAUGCUAUGAGGGUUACCAAUAAUAAAGUCAUAUUUGCUUCGGCUCGUUCUAAAAUAAUCACUGAUCGACAAAUAUAUGCAUCAGCUUCGGCAUUAGCUACUUCAUUAACUCGCGAAGAAAUUUCUCAAAAUCUUUUAUAUCCUGCUAUACAAAGAAUUCGACAAGUAAGUUCCGAAGUGGCGGCUGCGGUAAUUGUGGAAGCAGUUGACGAAGGAUUAGCAAGAAAUCCCCAAGUAAUUGAGUUGGUUGAAAAGGAUUAUAUUAAAGAAAUGAAAUCACGUAAAGGUGAAAAAUGGGGGAAAUUAAUUAAAUUUGUGGAUUCCAAUAUGUGGGAUCCUAAAAAUGCAGAAUUUUUUGAAAUUGAUGAAAAUCAAGCUGUCAAUCUUUGA